AUCAAAGAAGAAAGAAUAGUUGUCCUGGAAACUGAAAACGCCGCUCUGCAUCUAAAACUCGCAGAGAAGAGGCUUAAGCAAGACCUGAAGAGCCUCCAUUCAUUUGCUCUUGAGCUUUUGAAAGACUUUCAGCAUCAAAGCAAGACUUACCUUUACCAAAUUUUGACAGCAGUCCAGGGGAUACAGCUGCAAAAUGAAGCAAUGCAAAUAUUUCAGAUAAAAGCUUUUGAUCUUGAGCAGUCUCUGGAAGAGGUGACAGAGAGAUAUGAGAAAGAAAAACAAAAGAGGAGAGCUCUACAUAACAGCUUAGUUGAACUGAGGGGAAAUAUCAGAGUCCACUGCAGGAUCCGACCACUGCUGCCUUUUGAUGCUGCUGCUGGACAUUCACUAUCACAAGAUAGGCAAAGCUUUUCAGAAAAAGUGGCAUAUGCAGCUGAUGAUGAAACUGUCCUUGUAAAGUGUAGCCGUCCUGGUCAUGCAUCAAUAAACAAGACUUUUCAGUUUGAGAGAGUUUAUAAUGCUUCAGAGUCUCAAGACACAGUCUUUGCAGAUGUGGCCCCUUUGCUAACAUCUCUCCUGGAUGGGUACAACGUGUGUAUCAUGGCUUAUGGGCAGACUGGAAGUGGGAAGACAUACACAAUGUUGGGACCACAGUUAGAAGAGAACUUUCCAUACGCCAUAGAAGAUGAAUCAGAACUUGGAAUUAUUCCCCGAGCUACCCAAGAAGUGUUCAGGCUUCUUUCAGAAAAGCCACUAGGAAGUUACUGGGUUGAGGUUUCUAUUGUAGAAGUGUAUAAUAACGAAAUUUUUGAUCUUCUGGCCAAAGACAGUUGUGGAAAAGUGUUUGGCAUCAAACGUGAUGUUGUCACAACCAGAGAAGGCAAGAGUGAUGUUCCAUUGCUUACAUAUGAGACUGUUGAAAAUGCAUCUGAAUUUCUGCAUCUAGUCAACAGAGGCUUACAGCUGAGAGUCAGCCACCCAACACUGGUGCAUGCUCAUUCCUCUCGUUCUCAUCUGGUAGUUACAUUGACCAUAACCACAAUUGUCUCAGGAGAUAAUUUUGGCACUUCAUGGGAAGACGAGCAAGCCAGUCAUAGACUAAGCAAAGAGGUUUCCUGCAUCUUUCCACAGAAAAUGAGAGACAAUUCAUCCACCUCUUCUUCCAGAGCCUCCUCACCAGUACAACUUGAAGCAGCUGAGAAAAUGAAGCAAGUCAAAACGAGAUUGCAGCUGGUGGACCUGGCCGGUAGCGAGUGUGUCGGCAUGUCUGGAGUGACGGGGGCAGCGCUGAGGGAGACCUCGUUUAUUAACCGCAGCCUGUCCGCCCUGGCAGAUGUCCUCGGGGCAAUAGCGGAGCAGCGAGCGCACGUCCCGUACCGCAACAGCAAACUGACACACCUGCUUCAGGACUCCAUAGGAGGGGAUGCUAAACUGUUGGUGAUGUUGUGCAUUUCUCCUGGCCAGAAGUACUUAACAGAAUCAAUGCAGUCUCUGGGAUUUGGAACUCGUGCUCGGCAAGUUCAGAGAGGACAAGGCAAGAAAAAAAAUUUCCCGGUGCCGAGUAAAACAAAAUAA